ACUGCAUUACAUCAUGCCUGCAUUCAAGAACGUGAAGACAUGGUCGAAUUGCUCUUCAGUUUCCACGCUCAAGCUAAUCUUCGGGAUAAUUCUGGGCGCACGCCGUUGCAUUUAGCACUGGCUCGCCACCAAACUGAGGUGCUGAGAACACUUCUUCACCACGGAGCAGAUGGUCAUGCAGUGGACCCCGAGGGCAGAGCACCGCUGCAUUAUGCUGCUAUAGCGGGAUGGGUUGGACCAGUACGUGUGCUGCUUCAGCAUGGAGUUGAUGUCAACGCAAACAGUGAAGAUGGGAAUACAGCAUUGCACGUCGCCUGCAUCGGUGGCUUCAAGCAAGUGAUGUGGCUUCUGCUCCAUCAUGGAGCGAACGUAUACGCCAAAGACUCUAACGGAUUGACGGUGCUACAGUUGGCUUCUGCCUCAGAACAGUCGGCGAGCAUAGUGCGCUUACUACGCCACUUCGAUGAGAAGGCUGAGGCAGAUAGUGCUACACGCGCACGGUCGCGCGCGUCUAACCAUGAGAUACUGAGAACGCGAAAGGAAGAGCCGAGGCGCAGGCCGAGCCGUGAUGGGCUGGGAUUAAUUGAGGACGAUGUAGCAGACGCUGAAAUAGAUUCCGCGCGAAACAGGCUGGGUCGGAAUGACUGGGAUGGUGUUCGCCGUGAGAAUGGCGAUGGCUUUACACUGGCCAAGUAUGACGGUCAUGAUAUCUACUGCGACGCCAAGAUGGAGUCAAUCCAUUCAUCUACACAUGAGGGGCAGGAGAUGCAUGCAGUUCAACUCAAACUAAAUUUCAUGAAGCCCCAUGCGCUGAAACACCGCAUUCGAUACGCAGAGGUUGAUGUGGCCCUUCAGGCAGCUAGCUCAGGAGCUUCGCCCAAUAUUCGCACAAUUAUGCCACAGGCUGACCGGGUGGAAGUGUCGGAACAGGAGAUAACGACAGGACAGAAAUUCACAGUUGGAGCGAAUGGAAACGGCGGACCGUCCAGUCUCAAUAUUAGCAUGGAAGGCUCCAAGGGCAAGAAGUCCACGUUCAAGCGGGUUCGAAUCAUUCAUGGAGCGGUCAAAGACCGGAUGCAUGCCUCCUGGCGAUUGUAUGAGGAACCUGGUAGCAAGAGCGGACUACCAGAGAUAGUUCGCCUCCUUCUAGUGGUUCAGUGCGAAGCAGAGUUCGAGCUGCGUGUAGCAAUGUCCGCCAAGGCCAGCCAUUCCUUCUCAUUUGGAAUUCCGCGCACGGUGUCAGCAAGAAAAGGACCGUCAUAUCUGGUGCCCAACUUGGCGGAUAUCAUGUCCCUUGAGCAAGCGAUGAAGCUGAAAUUGAUCCUGGGCGUCGCAGACCGUGCGGCAGUUGCGGUAGAGGAUGCAAGAAAGCUCGAGCAGCAAGUCACCCGGUCGAUAAAGGAGCAUAGGAAGAGAGCUCUGAUCAUGGAGGCAGGGGCCAGUGAAAGCAACAUCCGAGACUGGGCGGCAAUUGCAGAUGCAUCUAGCUACGGGGAUUUCGCUCUCUUGUGCGAGAAACUGCUUCGCACGAGUAAAAGUGAGUACCCUGAGGUGAGAUCAGGACGAAGGCGUUGGAGCCCUCCCCGAGCACCGAUAAUAGAAAGGUCGUACUUGCGGCGGAGCCCAAGCCCCUAUGCAGAAGAUCGCGCGUACACGCGACGAAUGCGCGCAAGGCUUGGGGUUGAUGAUGCCGAGGAGGCGAUUGCCCCUACACAUCGCUCGAGGAAUGUUCACGGAUUUUCGGCGGUUGGCCCAGGCUAUAAGGUAUCACGGUUGGCCUAA